AUGGUUUCACGUGCACCGUCUUUCAGCGUGCCUAACGCAGUAGGAGUUCCGCAGGUUGACGAUAUCGCCCUGUUUUUAUGUGGCCGCGCGAUUGCGGCGGAGUGGCCCAAAGUAUCUGCUGCAAAUGCAUCGGCAGCGGAGGCACUGGCUGCAUGGUACCUCACGAAGGUGGCGCAGAUGCAUGAGCGUCCAACCACAGACACCAAAGGGGCAUCGAACCUCGGCAUGGAAGAACGGUCACCCGUAAGGGAGGCGGAAUACUACCAAACUAACGAAGCGAAUUUUUCCGAUGCGUUCGAAGCUCUGUCACGCCCUGCUGGUGAGAUCGACGCACUCGUAACACAAAAACUAGACAGGGAAGAUCAUCAACGCGGGUGGGGUCUUUCAAAGAAUCUUUUAGAUGGUUUUGCAAAGACAUCGGGUCUCUUAUUAACUGAGAAAGAUAUCAUGGCCAUUGAUGAUGAAAUGAAAAGGAGCUUCAGGUGCUUUGAAGAGUUACUUGACAUUUGCCUCCACUUUGGAGAAACGACCCAUUGCAACAAUUUUAUAUACCAUAUCAUCUGUUUCAACAUCGAUAACACAGCGCUGUCUAGCCACACCACCCAAAUGCUUUGGAACGAAAUGGGCAUUGAUGAUCGCGCUGCCGUUAUACUCCCUGUGCUGUCAAGACUUUUUAGUGUGUGCGACGAAUUAGGUUCUCAGCAUGCUGCAGGAAGUAUCACACAUUCCUUUAUUGUGUGGUUAGGCGUGAGUUGGAACUGUGCAUCAUUUAGUUGGCAGACCCAUGUUUCCCGGGUGACUGGCUGUCUACUCGCAGAGCUGGAAAAGAAAUUAAUACUUGUGAGAAAAGAUCCUGCUGCGCUAACGGCUGGUUUGCGUGACGACUCCACACCGCAUGCACGUAGAGGCUCGAGGGCGAAGCCAUCGCAGAAGGCUUUUGGAGUAUCUGGAAGCAAUCGACAGUUAAAUAUCGUCAGCAUGCACAAGGCAAUGCGUCGCAUCUGUGAGGGGCGUACUCUAGAUUCAAAGGGUUUGCUCGAGGCACUUGUGGAGAGCGGAUCUGGCGCUGCACUACCUUUGCGUGACUACAACAAUGUUUUAGAAUAUAUUUUUAGUGAACAGGCUCAUGGUGGAGCCGUGGGCACUCAGGAAUCGCAACAACAGCAGUGGCACCACUCGAUUCUUUCUAAUAUAAUGAAUGGUGUGCUCCUAUACUCACAGUUUUACCUCUCUGUGAGGUCGCUCGAGGCCUCACUACGUUGCGCACAGAUGGGAGUUCUAGUGGGUCAUCAGUGGCGUUCCAGCGAGCUUCUCACCAUAGCGCAUUACAACAGUUUUCUUGUGCAUGUUGCAUGCCAAGACACUCCGGCCGCUGCUGGUGACAUCGCUAUUAUGCUCCAACUUGCUGAUGCAGCCACGCGGAGAGACGGGAAUGCGGAAACAGACGUCAAUGCUCCGCGAUUCCGCGCUGGGUGCUUAGGUUACAUGGGUGCGGCUCUGUUACUUCUGAUAUCCCCUGGAACUGUAGACACAUCACUUCGGUCCAUUAUAAUCACUGGCAUCGUGGCAGGGGUUCGCCCAACGUCAGAAACUGCAGGUGGUGCUGGAAACAUGCGUUGUGGAGGCAGUGGUAGCGUUAGUAGUAAUGCAAACGCCUUGCUUUGCACAGCCGCGGAGGCUGCGACAGGUGGUGGUUCUGUUGUGGUUCAGACAACAGCACAGACAGUACGCCACGCCUUAUGGCUAUCCGAAAUGGAGGCCUUCCUUGAUCCUUCGUCGACCGUUUCGACAGAGGUUAUUACAUCUGUUGCAAGGGCGACAUUGAUGCUGAUUGCCGGUCACUACGGCGUUUGCACGUGCACGAAACCAAUAGACAGCGACUCCCUCGCCCAGCAGUUGAGUCUAAUCGAGGAAUCCACACUUGACUCUACUAACAAUGUACCCGAGCCCUCAGAGCUCCUCCUCCGUGAGACCAUGCGACUGACGGCGCACCACGCUCUAGCCGUUCAAGUUGGCACAGCAGAGGCGCCAUCCGGCGCCGGUCCCUUUAGGAUCCUGCACACGUAUUUAACAGCCGUGGAGAAACACUACGGCGCGAGCGGGCUGGCCGCAGUGGAGCAGAACUUCUUUUUUGUCUCUACUUACCGUUUCUUAUGUGCCAUGUGGUUACGCACGUGUGGUUACUUGAAGUCGGCUUAUCAAGAGCUCACUCGGCUGGUAGAAAGCAUGCUCUUCUACAGUCGCUGUGGAUCCGAUUCUCACAACGAAAAUGUGUCAACACCGGCACCAACUACCAGGAAGGCGUCCACGCAGCCAAACUUGCAUACAAACGCAGACCUGCUUGGAGUUGACGAGCAUUUGUUGGGCGAAAGUCCAGUGAAAAUGGCUGGUUCCACCGUCAAGGAGGAGGAAACGCUGCAGUUUUGGCCGCCAGAUCAUCUCCUCCUUUGGCAACAUGUGCAGUUUGAACGAGCGCAACUGGCUCACUAUCUUGGGUACUCUUGUGUGAUUCUUGAAAUAAGUGAAACGCUACGGCGUGUUAGUGCGGCGAGUCACUUCGUUAUGGGUGUAUUGUAUGCCGACUUAAUUGCCGCAAUGACAUGGACGCAGCGGAAGAAUUACUUUGGUGCUCUCCAGGCGCUAGAAAAGAUAGAAAGCAACGCCGAGAGUAUCGGACUGACGCUCGUGCAAACCCAUGCUCGAGUGCGACGGGUUUCCAUUCUUCUUGCCUGUAGCCGUUGGCAGGAAGCACUCGAUACGCUUCGUGUCAUGCAACCCAUUCCUUCCCUGCUGGAGCAUUGGUACCUCCUCACUCACUUGCACGCACAAAGUGAAGUGUUGAUGGCGUGUCCCGACGCAACGGAGGGAGAUCUUGCAACUGUUGUGGACCGGCAUAUACAAGAGAUGGAGAUGUGUGGAUCUUUUGUGGACGUAACGGGAAAAGAGGAUUCUGUAGGUAUUACAUUGCUCGAUAAAAUGUGCCUUUAUGCUUGCAUCGAUCGACACUCUGCGGCACUCCCCGGGCGGGGGCGGCAAUCUUGGGAUGAAUGUUUAAAUGUACUGGCACGGGAACUGCAGCAACGUCAGUUGCAAGAGGGGAAGUGGCAAGUGCUGUGGAACAUGCCCAUGCGGAAUGUCUGCAAUGAGGUGCUUUCGAAUGCAUUACUUAAGAGGGUGCUGAAAACAUCCUAA